AUGUUUAAGAUUGAAAAUGAGAUGGACCUCCACUGUAAAGUUGUUCACCUAAUUAGAAAUUAUUAUCCAAAUGCUAUUAUGGUAGCAGGACUUGGGGAAAACCAAGAUACACCAAACAAAAGAAUUAAAAGUUGGAAAAAGGGCCAUAUGCGAGGACAACCAGACCUUAUGUUACUUAAUUAUCAUAAAGAUUAUAAUGGUUUAUGUACUGAGUUUAAAUCUCCAACUAAUAAUUACCAAAUUUCAGAUGCACAAAAACAAAUGAAAGAAAGAUGUAAGGAAAAUUGUUACAAAUUUAUUCUUAGCAAUGACUAUGAUUAUAUAUGUAUGCAGUUAAGAAGAUAUAACGAAGAGACAAAAUUCUCUGUUACUCCGAGUUUCGUGCUCACGCACUCAUCAGACAGUAUUUAUGUAUGCAGUUACAUAAAUAUAUGGCUGGUGUUCGUGUUCCUUGUAAAUAUUGCACAAGAGCAUUCCUUAAUAAAGAAACAUUGGAAAAACAUUAUAAAGCUAUACAUCGAAUUGAAAAAGGCAUUUAAUUUCUAUAUAUUGCAUAUAUAGAAAUAAAAUUCUUAUAAAGGGAGGGGGGCUCAGGGGGAACCGUAGGUUUCCCCGAACUUUUUACUAUACCUACUAGCAAAUCUAUCUGCUAUAGGAGUCUGAUCAAUUAUCAUUUCAUCUAUUAGUUUCAUUCGAUCAAUAAACUCUUGCUUUUUAAAAUCAUCUCCCCUUAGAGCUGAUCUCAGUUCCACAAGCACUUUUUCAUACGUAGUAAAUGCAAUCCUUGACAUUUCUAUUUUUUUCUUAUAAUUUUUUUUCUUUCUAAUACCCGCAACAACAACCCCAGAACUAUUUAUAACUCCGAGAACAAUUGGGUUUAGAGUUAUUCCACCAACAAUUGUGCCUACAGCUACUAAAAAUAUUCCAGAGAUCGUAAAGCCAUCAUCAAGAAUUUUAUAUCUCUUGUACGACCUCUUAAACCACCAGUAUUUUUUGUGAUAGUGGCUGUAAAAGUCUUUUAGAGUCUUAAUAUCAGAUUCUGACAGUGAUUUAUCAAUGUGAUUGAAUUCAAAGAUGUCUUUCAUUUUAAUGAAUUAUUAUAUUAAUGCGGUGAAGAUAAGGGAGGGAGUUAUAGGGGGAACCGUAGGUUCCCCUAUUCUAUAUAAGUGCCAGAUAGUUUUUCUUGUAUCAUAAUCUUGUGAUACUGAACUGAAUCGAAAUCGUAAAAGUUUUUAGAGUACAUAAAUUUAACCAAUAUCGCGGCAUCUGCCGUAAAACCAAAUUGUAAUCUAUCAUUUGAAAUCGCGUUUGAUGCCUGGUUUAAUUUUGCGCUGUAGUUACAAAUACUUUCUUUUGUUAUACUAAAAUUACUGUUUUCUGUUAACCAUAAAACUAUUUUAUCUUUAUCAUUAAGUGAAUAAGUAAUAUUUGUACUACCUCGAUUAGUUGUCAAGAUUAACGUAUUUGUUCUUUUGUCAUAUUCAAGUUGGGUUUUUUGAUUGGUGUUUUUUACAACAGAAAAAAGUUUAAAACUAAGUGACCAACUCCUCAGUAUACUACUACUAGAUGUAUAAGGAUUUUUUAUUACAAAGCAUAUUGUAAAGUUUCUGCUGUGGGGAACAGUUAUUGUACAACCGUAACCAUUUACGAGAAGUCCUCCCUCUUUUAUUCUAUCUAUAUUUUUGGUGGGAAAUAUAAAAUUUGGGUUUACUCCAUUAAAACUAACUCCUGACGAAGAUGUAGAUUGUUUAUAAUUGCUUGCAUCACUAAAAUCAUAAAAUUCUUCAAAAUACUGUCUAUAAAGAUUGUUUAUGGUAUAAUUAUUCAUACUUUUUAUCUGGCCUAUUGUGGCGGCACUACUAUUAUCAUUUGGAUCGAUUUUAAUAUUUUUGAUUACUUUUUGAUUUGCAUUAAUAUCAACGUUAUACACCAAUUCUGUUGGGUGGAUAUCAAAUGCUGUGUGAUAGUCAUAGGUUUUAUCUGGAUCAAUAUUACUAACUGUACCCACAAUACCAUAAGUAACCAUGUAAACUCCUGAAAACUGCCUCGGACAGCCAGAUCAGUUCCAUCUUGUGGUAUAUUAACCAAAAUGUGAAGAAAGAACUUAUUACCAGAUGACAACUUCCGGAAAUUAACUAUUAUUCUAUGGUAAUACAUAAAUUGUGUUUGACCCUUUGAAUCGCUGUACCUAUGGGAGAGUUUUCUUACACUAACAUUUCCAAUUGAUAAUCCUGUUGAAGUUCCUUUAUCCACAGUUAUUUGAGACUUAUGCCACAGUUGAUAAUCAGUGUUGAGUAUUUCCAAACACAGCGUGUAAUCAGCAUUUGCAGUUAACCAGUAAAAGUUAAUUCCCAUCUUAUACUUACAUCCACCUUGGGAAUUUUUGUUUAUUGUUAUGAAAAUUACUUUGUGGUUAUAGUCAUGAAAAUUACCUUUAGAAGGAGAUAAGUCUCCUAUUCUUGACACAAAAAAACUAGUUCCACUAUCUAUUUCAUCAGUCCAUUGAGACCCACUAGACAUAAGAUACGCAAACUGGUUGUUGUAAUGACUUGGUUGAACUGCAGUAUGAUGAACUAGUUUGUCAACAUAAUCUUUAAUUACCGCUUCAUUGUCUUGGGUUGGAUUACUCAAAUUCUUUAUUUCAUGACUGUUAAGAUUCAAGUCUCUAGUAAUAGCGACGGUACCAUCUAUUUCCAAAUAAUCACUCAAAUCUGGGGCAACUGUUUUAUCAUCAACAUAUUUUUUUUGUUGCAGCAUCUGUGAUUGACACUGGAGUUGCGAGACCAACUAUUUUUUUGUUUCCAAAGAUUUAGGUUACCAGUCAUUGUUACACUUCCAUCUAUUUUUAUAAGAUAACUAGUAUCAGGUAUUGAGUCAUUCACAUACUUUUUGGUUGCAGCAUCUGCGUCAUUUGUUGGCGGCCUUAAAUGAAUUAUACCUUUAUUAUCCAUGUUUAGAUUAUUAGUCAUUUUAUUUGUUCCAGCAACGUGGAGAUAUCUUGAUUCAGUAAAAGAUAAUGGUGUUGGUUGUUGGUUACCAGUUGGAGCUGGUAGAUGAUAUAUUCGAUUGUUGUUCAUAUCUAGAUUUCCAGUCAUUUUUUUGGUUCCAUCUAGUUUUAAAAAGACACUACCAUCGACUUUGGAGUCGUCUACAUAUUUCUUAGUUGCAGCGUCAUCAUUGGUUGAGGGUGUAGCAAGUUUAAUUAUGCGAUUGUUAUUCAUGCUCAGAUUUCCAAUCCUUGUUUGGGAACCAUCUCUGUCAAGAAAUGUGCUGUCUGCGUAUUGUUUUGUGGCUGGUUCAUCUGCGUCAACUGGAUGUUUGAGGUUUAAAAUACGGUAUCUAUCCUUCAUAUCAAUGUUUAAAUCAACUGUCAAUCGUGAUGUUGUGGGUGAUCCAUUGGAAUUAUCAUCAACAUAUUUUUUGUAGCAGCAUCAGUAUUAGAAUUAAAUGCACCUAGAUUUGUGAGUCUUUUUUUAUUCAUAUCAUAAUUACCAUCUGCGGUUAGACUAAAUCCAACUCCUGGAGCGCCCUGAAUUCCCUUAGCAAAGGGAUGAUCAAAAGAUUGUUCAUUAAAUGUACCCAUUUAUAAUAAUGAUUACAUUUUUAUUAGCAGGGGAGCUCAGGGGGGUGCACCCCCCGACAAAGUUUUUUGCAAUAUGUUUUUUUGGUUUAUCAACGUAUAGGAAUGAAUACGGUUUUUUGGUUGCUGCUUUAUAAUCUUCUUUAUUAACUCCUAACUCAGAUGAUAUUCUGUUUGCUUCCCUCGAUGAUGGAAAUUCAUACAAACAAUAAUGAGAACAAUUCAAUCGAAUAUCUUUAGGUGUUUUAUAAAAAGACUGACUUAGAUAAAUUACAGAGCAGAUCUUAUGUCUUCCUUGAAUGAAAUAAUCAAUCAGUUGUCUUUGAUUUUUAUCACAUACGUAGUCAUCGAAUACUACCACCUUUUGGUUGUCUUCAUAUUCCAUUUCUGUCACUGGGGUUAUUUCAUCAUUACUGACAUGAAGUACUUCAUAACCGGCAUCCAUACUUAUUUGUCUCAUUUUUUGAAUUAACUUUUGAUACUUAUCCAGUUCUAGGUUACGCGCGUAAAGAUAAAUCUCAUCAUAGUACAACAGUGGUUUAAUUAACAUGUGGUACAACAAAUUAGUUUUACCACUUCCGCUGUUUCCACAGAUUAACAUCCGAAAUGUGUCUGCUGGCAUGUAAGAAAAUAACUGUUUAUAUUUUUUAUCUGGAUUGUCAUUGGUAUCAUAGUUUGGUAUUUCCAUUUUAUCUAAUAUGUACAUUAAAUAAAAUGAACAUCCAAGAAUACAAAAAACUUGCAAUAAAUAAAAUUGAAGCUGAUCCUUUGACUAAACAGGUGAGAGAUGUAAUAAAAAUAACAAAAUGGCAAAAACAAGAUCCUUGGGAAGGUUUUAAAGAAACAUUUAAACCGCUUAUUAAAUCUCAAGAUAGCAUUAAAAAAAGUAUUGAUGAGCAGCAAGACUCAUUAAUAAAACAACUUCAAGCUAAUCAACUUGCUCUUACAUAAGGACUUAAAAAAAAAAAAAAAAACAGGCUGGCUAUAACUGAAGGAUUUGAUAAACUUGAUGAGGUAAAAAGAUGAGAUUUGGCGCCAUUACCUGGUUUUGAAGCAAUUGAAGACCCGCCUAAAGAAGAUGAUGGAGUUUUACCCUCUACAUCAGAUGAGGGAUCCCCAAAAAUAGCACAAUUUAAACCUGAAGACCUCAAUAGAUAUUUAAUGAAUAAAGAAGCACAAGAUUUACUAAAAAGUCUCGGGCACCUCAAACUCCCUUCUGAAUAUUUUGAAGAGGAUAUUUCUACCAUUGAUUCAGUAAUUGAUAAUGUUAACGAAGAUUUAGAGGUUACUAGUAAAGCAAUAAAAAAUACUGCAUUUUUUAAACGUGACCCAAACGGCUAUGUUUUAGCUAAACCAGUAAGUAAAAACCCCUUAUGAAAACACAAUAAAUUUUAUAAACAAAUACAACGUAUUAAGCAUAUAUGCAACAAAUUUAAGUAAUUUAAGUAACAAAAUCUGGCUCUGGAAUUUUUUUGACUUUAAAAACCCACAUCAACUCCUAGACAGACUUGAAUUACUUGGUGGUUCAAUUCUUGCUGGGAAUAAUGGUGUGAUACCUGAGUUUUCUCAAAUAGCACAUCUUCUCAACCAAAUGAAAGUGAUCACAAAAAAACAACUAAAUGAUUUACUAAAAAAUUAUAUACCAAUUAUAUAAAAAAGGAAGAACGAGCUAUCCACAUUUCCUCAGAAAAUCGAGAAAAAAGAGGAACAAGCAGACCUGGUGAUUUUACAAUCAAGUUUAAUCCAUCUUUGAAACUUGACCCUGAAAUGAAACACGAACUUGCUCUUGAUCGGUUGUCUAUGACUUACUCUUGGUACAACAUUAGAAGUGAUUAUGGAAACAAUAAAAUCAAAUACACUCAUGAUGGAUCCACCUGGCAAACAAUUACUUUUACAGAUGGAAUGUAUUCCUACUCAGAUAUUAAUGAUUACAUUCAUCAAUACAUGACUCAGAAAAAUCAUCACCCAACAGAUUCCAAAGGAGAAAAAAAGUAUUCUAUUAAUUUAACUUUUAUUCUCUCCACAUAUAGAGUUCUCAUAUCACUUGAUGGUGCUUAUCAACUUAAUCUGAGAGGAACAGAAUUUGGAGACCUAAUUGGAUUUGAAAAGAAACUCGUUACUAAAACAGAGUAUGGAACAAACCUACCAAAUAUCAAAAAUUCGAUUGAU